AUGUCAAGAUAUUUCCGUCGAAAGAUAUCUACUGCCAUAGCACAGUUUGAAAUCAAAGAAGAUGCUAGUGAUCUCGAGUCUUCCAUCCAAGGCUCGAUGAAGGAGGGUACCGAGACUGCCAUCACACCUGUACUCGCAAAGAGCUUUAAUCUCUUCAGUGCUUGCGCUACUGGAGUCACUACAGGAAAUGCUUGGGUAGUUCUGGGAGGCGGGAUUAUUGCCUCUCUAUACAACGGUGGACCACCUGGUAUAGUAUACGAGUUCGCCAGUGCCUCCUUUUUCUAUUGCUUCAUUGCUGCAUCGAUUGCUGAGCUUGCUUCUGCCAUUCCAGCAUCUGGAGGUGUCUACCACUGGGCUACUAUAGCCACCGGUCCUCGUUAUGGCAUAUUGUGUGGCUGGUUCGCAGGGUGGCUGAAUGGCCUUGCGUGGGCAUUCGCCGUAGCAGGGAACUGUUCCAUGACUGGAAGCAUGAUUGUCUAUUCAUACGCACUGUACCAACCAGACUUCACACCGCAGCGCUGGCAUGUGUUUGUUUGCUAUUUGAUCAUCUCCUGGCUGUGUUGUUUUACUGUGAUGUUCUGCCAACGGGCUCUCCCGCUCAUCAGCAGAAUCGGAUCUUUCUUCAUCGUUGUUGGUUUUGUUAUCACAGUCUUGGUAUGUGCUAUUAUGCCGAGCAGGAAUGGUGCAGGAUAUGCGUCAAAUGACUUCGUGUGGAAAGACUGGAGCAACGUGACUGGUUACCCAGACGGAUUCACAUUCCUUGCAGGCAUGUUGAACGGGGCAUUCGCAAUCGGUGCUAUUGACUGUGUCACCCAUAUCGCAGAAGAGAUUCCUGAUGCGAGACGGAAUAUUCCACGAGCACUUGCUUGCCAGGUGACCAUCGGCUUUGCGACUGGCUUUUGUUAUUUAGUCUCGAUGUUCUAUGCUGUCACCAACCUGCCGCUUAUUGUGAACGCCGAUUCUAUCUCUCCGCUGGGUGAUAUAUAUUUGCAAGCAACUGGCUCUCGAGCAGGUGCAGUGGGGCUACUUACACUCACAAUCGCCCCCAUUUUCUGUGCAACAAUAGGAUGCUAUAUUACCACAGGAAGGACAUUCUAUGUCCUGGGUCGCGACGACGCAACGCCAUUUUCCAAAUACAUCGGGGCCAUCAGUCCGACAUGGCAUAGCCCAUUAUAUGCAACUUUGGCAUGUGGAGUGUUUUUGACAUGCGUCGGAGCAAUCUAUGUGGGAUCCUAUACUGCCUUCGAGGCUUUUAUCGGCUCGUUUGUGCUGCUGACGACGGCCUCUUACUUCCUCGCUAUAUUCCCACAUUUGAUGACUGGGCGCAAGUACAUCCGCCCUGGUCCAUUUUGGAUGGGGAAGGUUGGCCCUGUUGUCAAUGCUGUCGCAUGCAUGUACAUUGCUGUCUCCUUUGUGAUUUACUGCUUUCCCUAUACCUUGCCGACAUCCCCAGAAGACAUGAAUUACACCAGUGUGAUCACAUGUGGAUUGACCUUGUUAGUAGCGCUGUGGUGGGUAUUGCACGGAAGAUGGACUUGCACGGAGAUAGAAUGGAACAUUGAACCCUGA